AUGGUAUUAUAUUUUAAGCUCAUUGAUCCAGAAUAUAUUUGUUAUAUGGGUAUUGAUAAAUUUGAGAAUGAAGAUUUAAUUAAAUAUGGAUGGCCAGAGGAUGUUUGGUUUCAUGUUAAUGAUUUAUCAUCAGCUCAUGUUUAUUUAAGAUUAAGAAAGGGAGAAACAUGGAAUGAUAUUCCAGCAAAUAUUUUAGAAGAAUGUUGUCAAUUAGUUAAACAAAACUCUAUUCAAGGUUGUAAAGAAGCAUCAGUUGAUAUCGUCUAUACACCAUGGGCAAACUUAAAGAAAACAGCUGGUAUGGAAGCUGGUCAAGUUUUAUAUCACAAUGAAAGAGAGGUAAAAUAUGUUAGAAAUGUUAGAAAAGACUCUAAAAUUAUCAAUCGUAUUGAAAAAACUAGAGAAAAGAGAGAAGUUGAUUUAAUGCAUGAAAGAGAUUCAAGAGAUAAAUCUGAAAGACAUGAAAAAAGAAAAGAACAAGAAGAAAAGAGAAGAGCAGAAAAGAAAGCAUAUGAAGAAAAACAAAAAAUGGAGGAUAUUAAAAAAUAUACAUCAAUUAUGAAAACUGAUAACAUGAAAUUUAAUAAAUACAAUCCAACUGAUGAAGAUGAUUUUAUGUAA